AUCAUCGAACGACUUGGACACCUAUACCCAAAGAGGGUAUGUUAGCUACUGGUGGUGAGCUCUCUUUGGAUAGCCCAAGUCACACUGCUUUUGUCCAAGCUUGGGAACGUGAAUGGGAUCGUGACAGUCAUCCAGCGUUUUCAGAUAGUGAUGGUCAGGGGUUAGGCGCUGCCAUGCUAACUGGUCAGGUCCAUAUACCAGUGGAGGACCAUCUACAGGAGGUGGUUGGGGUGGAUCAUCAAGCUGAGUCGACUAGGGAUCUUAACCCAUUGCCAAAUGAGCCGAUCAACUCAGUAUUUGAGCUUGAGUUAAUGUGGAAUAAAUGGGCUGACGGUCUUCAAGCUAUGGGCUUAAAUGCAGGACAGCUACUGAUGGACGUCGAUCAAGCGGAAAAGACAGCUUCACAGCGGGGAAGACAAUGGUCUACAGAGAUGAAAAUGGAAAUUAUGGGCCGACGGUUUUAUGAGUUUAUGGACUGGGAUACUACUAUUCAGUCUCUUAAGCAUGGUGGAUUGGGCCGAAGGUUGAAUUUUCCGUAUGGUGAGAGAUACUUGGGCCAACGGACGUUGGUUCUAGUUGGGUCUCCUGAGGGCGGGUUGAUAAAGUCUAUUGGGCCUAGUAAUGACGCCUCAAGUUCAAGAGGGGAAGAGAUAUUGGGCCGUCCUUACACAGAGCAUUGGACGAUGGAACAUGUAGAUGGGCCUCCUUACAAAAGAAGAUUGAUGGAUAGUAACCAUGAUGCCAUAGUUGCUUAUUUUUCGGAAGGGGUUGCGGAGGUUAAGGGUGGUUUUGGGAAAGAAGGGGCAGAUAUCCAUGAUGUUGGAGGGAUUUCAGAUUCGGUAGUUAUUGUUAGUCCGGUGGGAAGAAGACGACGGAAGGUUCAACAUGGCUUGACGAACUGUGGUCUCAUAGCUGGGCUGGAGAGCAAUGGACGCACAAAUUCGAUGGGGGCUGCUAGUACUCUUCAGCCUGCCUCAUCUCGGACUUAAAGGACGGGAGCUCAUUCGCAGCGUUUGCUGGAUCUCUCUAGACGACGUCAGAAACGCAUGCAGAGGAGUAGGCAAAUUGGUGGGGUCGAUCUGGGUGAAGGUUCCUCUCGUUGGCGUAAAUGAUGAUUCCGGGCUACAAUGGGUUUGCAACAGAGGUUGGUAAGAGGAUCAAAGUCGGGUUAUGAUUCUGAACCAAGUUCUUCGGAUACCGUAGGGGAGUCAGUUAAUCAUCCCCCAUGGACGACUACAGAUGGUGUUUUCAUUGAAACGGAGGCGGCGCGUAUGAAGGAGCUCUUACUCUCAUAACCAUCGCAAGAUGUAGAAGGGUUUUGUAGGAGGUUGUCCCACAACAACCUCCUUAGAGGCCAUGAGGAUUUUCAGCUGGAACUGUAGGGGUCUGGGUCAUCCCCUAAUAGUUCGAGCAGCUAAACAAUUGAUCCAUCGAUGGCGGCCAAAUUUAAUUUUUUUUCAGUGAAACCAAGCAAAUGUCUAAACAGUUGGAGUUCUUUCGAAUGUCUUUGGGAUACCGCAAUUGUGUUGGUGUGGAUUGUAAUGGCAGUCGGGGUGGUUUGUGGGCUGCAUGGGAUGAUUGUCAACAUAUUACUAGUGUUAGCGCCACUAAUCGGUAUUUGUUGUUACAUAUUUCUGACGUGGUAAUGGGUGAUUGGUAUUUAUUUCUCGUGUAUGGGCAUCCGGCGUUAUCAAAAAGGAUGAAAUUUUGGCACAAGCUGGGGCAGAAGAUACAAGGAUGUGCACGACCGGUAGCACUAAUUGGGGAUUUUAAUCAAGUGCGAAGUGUGGAGGACAAAUGGAGCCCAAAGUUUACAACAAUUCGAGGUGAGAGUUCUUUUAAUGUUCUUAUUUUUAAAAACAGAUUAAUUGAUCUUCCAAACCAAGGGGUGUGGUAUACAUGGUGCAACAAUCACUCUGAUUCAAAUAUUAUUUAUGAACGGCUGGACCAAGUGUUGGUGUCUUCAGAUUGGUUUGAAAAAUUUCCUAAUGCCUCACUUAUGGUUAUGCCAAUUCAACGCUCGGAUCAUAGCCCAUUGGUUUUUGAUGUGGACAUGGUGGUUUGACCAAAAAGGCGCAUAAAACGUUUUGAGGCUAUCUGGUUAAUGGAUGACACAUUGAAGCAUAUUGUUCCCCGUGCAUGGCAUGUGUUAACUCCGGGUUCUAGCCAAUUAGCGGUUUGUCAGAAACAGAAUAUUGUAUUUAAUCACCUCCAAAAUUGGAGCCGUUUGUCGUACCGAAGUCUGCAAGGACAGAUUAAUGAGACACGGCUAUUACAACACCAUCAGCAGCAUAUUGUGACGAUGGAUGAUUCUUUACUGGAGCAGCGUUUUCAACGGCAGUUGGAGGAUUUACUUAGUAAGCAAGAAAUCUGAUGUGCCCAACGUUCAAAACAGCGAUGGCUGCGACAUGGAGAGCGGAACACAAGAUUCUUUCAUCAAAUGGCCUCUUGGAGAAAGAAGAAGAAUCAAAUCACUGUGUUGAAAAUGGAGGAUGGCUCACUUCUUACAGAUCAGAAGGAGAUUCAUCAAGCCUGUACUAACCAUUUCAAAUCUUUGUUUAAGUGUGAGGAGCACAACCAGCAUAGGAGCUCGCAACAUUUCUACGCAGCUCUUUACUUGUGUGGUGGAUGGCGCUUGGAAUCAAAGUACCAAAAAUAGGAAAUUUAAGAGGGCCAAUAUAGUAACGUUGUUUUAUUUUUUCAAAAAUUUUAUUUUUUUCUUUCCGCAUUUUUUGAUGUUUUUUGUAUAUAUAUAUACAAAUAUUUAUUUUUUAAUCACAAGAAAAAAAAAUAGGAAAUAUAAGAGGGCAAAAAACUUAUUCACAAAUGUGGAAGGGGUGCAAUGGGAAUUUGACAAUUCUCUUAGAAACAAUAUAAUGAAUCCAUAUAUAUUAAAAAUAACCUUCUACGGCAUGUAAAAUUACACCAUAAAAAGUAAGUAGCUGGGCUGGCAUGGGUCUGUUUUGAUGAAGCUCAAGUGCAGGUCUCACAGCAAGUGCUCUCUCUCUGUUUGCCUUCUCCUCUAUUGGCAGAAGCUCGAACACUUUUGGAGGCGAUAAAAUGGGCUGUCAAGGCGAAAAUUCAGUGCCUCUCGAUAUUUACGGAUUGCCAGCUUUUGGUUGAUAGUUUUGUGACAAAAAAAAUCUCGAAUGGGAGGUUGAUUUGGUUGUACAGGAUGUGCUAGUCUUAAGUAAGUUUUUUACGUUUUUAUCUGUAACUAAGGUGGGUAGGGCUCUUGUCGAGCCAGCACACCAGCUGGCAAAAUCUGUAAAACUGCUAUCUCAUGAAUAAUAUAUUGUGCUGUUUUGCUUGAUUCUCGAAUAAAUAAAUAAAUAAAUAUGUUCCUUUCA